AGCGCCCCGAUGGCUGGCCUCGCCUUCCCUUCCCUCCUCUGGGCGGAGUUCCCUAGCCCAAAACAAGGGAAGGAGUUCAGGCUCUCCGCCCCGGCCGGCCUCCCCCCUCCGCCUCCCUGCCCGGGGUCCCAGCAUGGCGGGCCAGGGCGCCCCGGGGGCCCCGCUGCCCGUCACGCGCCAAGUGGGCGCCCGGGUUCGCCCCCUCGCCGAUGCGCCCGUGGAGCUGCGAGACGCCGCCCGGCGCCUGGUGGUGGACGCGGCCGGGAAAGCGGUUCCCUUCGGAUCCCUGUACCGGGAGCGGAAGGCGAUCGUGGUGUUUGUGCGGCAUUUCUUGUGUUACGCCUGUAAGGAAUAUGUGGAAGAUCUGGGCAAAAUUCCCAAGACAUUUUUACAAGAUGCAAAUGUCAGACUUGUGGUUAUUGGACAAUCAUCGCACCAUCACAUUAAGCCGUUUUGCACUUUGACAGGUUAUCCUCAUGAAAUGUAUGUGGAUCCUGAAAGGGAAAUCUACAGGAUGCUUGGGAUGAAAAGGGGUGAAGCAUCUGCUACAUCAGUGCAAAGUCCUCAUGUAAAAUCCAACCUGCUGUCAGGAAGUAUCAAGAGCAUGUGGAGAGCAAUGACGAGCCCUGCAUUUGAUUUUCAAGGAGAUCCAGCUCAGCAGGGGGGCACUUUGAUUUUAGGUCCAGGGAAUGAAAUCCACCAUGUGCACCUUGACCAGAACAGAUUGGACCAUGUUCCCAUUAACACUCUUUUGCAACUUGCUGGAGUUCAAGCAGUAAACUUCACCAACAGAUCUCCAAUUAUUGAUGUGUGACUUUGUCAAAAGGAGAAAAAACCCAGGAGGCGAGUUAAACGAUACAUGUCAACAGUGUGUUCAGCAAAUAAUUUUGGGUGAGGUUACAUUGGAAGAUUCCAGGCUACUGAAUAGUUCGGUUUCCGGUGGGUAAAAAUGGACUUCACACUUUAUUGUUUCAUUGAACACAAAGUUAAGUUGUGAUGUGUUUAACAUCAAAAAAAGUGAUGUUUAAACUUGCAUAAAUAUAUACUUGGCAUACACAGUGUAUAGGUUUUAUUCCAUCACAGCCUUUAUCAUUAUUAGUGAGUUCUGUCUUCUGAACCCCUGUCUCACAAUGACUUAAUAAAAGGGACAUAUUUUUCUACAGGUUAAAUAAAAAUGUAAAUUUCUACUGUCUGUAAAACAGCUUCUUUGAUGAGUCAAAACAAAACGGUUAUGAUUUGGACCCAGUGGUGAAGACUCUGCAGUCCUCUUCAACAAUAUUGACAUGGACUCAAUGGGUAGUAGGCAACUAAGUUUUAUUCAGAGUAAAUUCUAAGAAAUGAAUUAAUUUGUUUGCUGUGAAUAAAACUUAAUUGAAUACCACCUGAUAGGCUGUGAGGAACUGAAACGUGCAAAGAAAAGUAAUUUUGUGUCCUGUCCCUCAGAACUAUGUAGGGAAUUACUUCCAGACCUUGAGUUAAAACUUCUGUUUGUUUUUUUGUUUUGGGGGGGGGGGGUUAGGAAAACCUGUAACAUCAAAUAUUGUACUCCAAGUAAGCAUUUAGGGCUAUGAACUUUCAUACCUUUUGCCCAAUUUGGUCCCCAGAAGGUUCAAUACAAAAUAAUGUGUGGAUUCACCAUGGAAAAUACAAGGAAGGAUAGCACAAAAUAUGCAUGCCAUGUGUGGAAUAAAUCUUGUUAUUCAGUUUU